UCACUGAGAUAUUAUUUACAAUUCAAGCUGUUUCUCUGUCAAGCCGUCUGUCUUCAUUUUUCUCACUUGAUACAAGCUUAUGACUCUUUACUUGUUUGUCUGUUAUUAAAUAAUUGAUUUACUGUGCCUUUAAGAUUUAUAAUUGUUUUAAUUUAUCAAUUUGUAACAGUUUUAUUGCCACAAAAUGAUUAGUAAAGUGUUCAAAACUGUUUCGCCAACUUCUAUCAAAUCAAUACGGUAUUUGAGCAUUCAAGCUGCAAGUAAACCUGAUGUUGUUAUUGUCUCAGCGCUUCGGACACCGAUUGGAUCUUUUAGAGGAUCUCUGUCUCAAUUAACUGCUCCACAAUUAGCAUCUCAAGCUGUGAAAGCUUUGAUAUCGCAAUCAAACAUAAAACCAGAGCAAGUAGAUGAAGUCAUUUUGGGUAAUGUUGUUGGUGCUGGAGCUGGUCAAGCACCAACUCGCCAAGCAGUCAUCAAUGCUGGUUUACCACCGAAGACAAUUACAACAACUAUCAAUAAAGUAUGUGCCUCAGGAAUGAAGUCAAUCAUGUUUAGUGCUUCAUCACUUGCCCUUUUCCAAACCAAUAUUAUGAUUGCCGGUGGAAUGGAGAGUAUGUCUAAUGUUCCCUUUUACCUGAGACGUGGAGAUGCAACUUAUGGCAAUGCUCAGCUGAUUGACGGUAUCAUUCAUGAUGGUCUCUGGGACUCUUUCCAUCAAAUUCACAUGGGUAAUUGUGGUGAAAAUACUGCCAAAAAGUACGGUAUAACCCGAGAGGAUCAAGAUAAAUAUGCAAUUGGAAGUUAUGAGAAGAGUGCUGCUGCAGCUAAAGCUGGUUUAUUUGACAAAGAAAGGAUCUCAGUUGCUGUUCCUGACAGAAAAGCUGGUACCAAGACAAUUACUGACGAUGAAGAGUACCACAAGGUAGAUUUUAAUAAAAUGAGUAGUCUGAGAAGUGUCUUUCAAAAAGACGGUACCAUUACAGCUGCCAAUGCUAGUAAAUUAAAUGACGGUGCUGCUGCUUGUCUUUUGAUGAGAUCAACAACUGCAACAGAGUUAGGCCUUAAUCCUUUGGCAAAAAUUGUUGAUUAUGCUGACAACGAAAUAGAACCUAUAGAUUUUCCUAUUGCUCCAGUUGGUGCUAUGCAAAAGUUAAUGGAUCGUAAUGGUUUGAAAGCCCAUGACGUUGCUAUGUGGGAAAUCAAUGAAGCUUUCAGUGUCGUUCCCUUAGUAAACAUUAAAAUUCUUGGUUUGGACCCUGCAAAGGUUAAUAUGAACGGUGGUGCUGUUAGUUUGGGUCAUCCAAUUGGAAUGUCAGGUGCUCGAAUUGUCAAUCAUCUUGUCCAUAACUUGAAAUCAGGUGAAUUCGGUAUCGCAUCAAUUUGUAAUGGAGGUGGAGGAGCAUCUGCCAUUCUUAUUCAAAGAAUUUAAAUAAAAUAAUUCCCGGAGUUUCGAUGAUUAAAACUUUUGGAAAUAUAUUUUCGGACACCUUUAAGAUACAUUAUUUUUACGUAGUGCCUUUGAAUUGUUAAGAACCAAUGUUUUCUAAACUCUUUGUUGAACCAAGAUGUUUAUAUCAAUUAUUAAAUCAUGAUCUGUAUCUCUUGAUGUGAUAAAAUUUUAUUUCAAUUGGUGGUAAUAAAA